GAGAGGGGCGGAGAGCUGAGGAGCCUAUUUCCUUCAGACUGCCAAGCACACAAUGACAGAGUCGGUCCGGUAGAGCAACAUGCCAGAUACUGGAUAUUUGAUAUGGAUUUUCUUCUCCUCAUGGGGAAUAAUUGCGGGCAGUGUGAGGACUCUACCUCAUGUGAAGAAGUACCAAACUGUGAUACCUCAGAGGCUGAAGGAUUCAUCUCUCAUCAAUGAUGCUGCUACACAUCAGACAUUCCCCGAUGUACUCCAGUACUCUUUGACGGUUGCAGGGCAAAACUACACACUGCACCUGGAAAAGAACAAGGAUCUUGUCGGGAAAAACUUCUAUGUGACACACUAUUCUGAUCAGGGCACCCAAGUCACAACUACUCCAGAUCUUAGGGUUCACUGCUACUAUCAUGGGCACAUUGUGGGAGUCGAGGACUCGUCUGCUAGCGUGGGACUGUGCUCAGGAAUAAAGGGGUUUGUGCGUCUCCAGGACCAAAUGUACCUUAUCGAACCUCUGGCCAGCGGUGAGGCGGGACAGGAGGAAGACAGACAGAGCUCAGAAGCUGACGGUGAUGAGGGCCUUCAUGCUGUUUACAACUACAAACACCUGAGGAGGAAGAGGAGCUCCUGUUCCCAUGGAAACACAACCACUUUCUAUGAUCACGGAGCUCGUCCGUCUGGACUGUUCCAGCUCGGCAGCCUGAAAAGCCGAGCCCAAACCAAAGACCGCACAGGAAAACCCAAGACAGUGGAGCUGGUAGUGGUGGUCGACCACACAGAGUAUAAGAAGUUUGGCAGUAAGAGGACAAUAGAGGCCAGAGCACUUGAAAUAGCAAACCACGUGGACAAGCUGUAUCGCCCUGUGGGUGUUCGCGUGAUGCUGGUCGGUCUGGAUAUCUGGUCAUACAGAGAUCAGAUACAGGUCAGCAGCAACCCUGAGGUCACCCUCGGUCGCUUCCUCGAGUGGCGUCAGCGGAACCUGCUGCCGAAGACCAAGCACGACAACGCACAGUUCAUCACAGGUGUGGAUUUUGAUGGUUCCACUGUCGGCUUGGCCAACACCAAUGCAAUGUGCACGUCUAACUCUGGAGCAGUCAACGAGGACCAUAACUCUAACGCAAUAGGAGUGGCCUCUACUAUUGCACAUGAAAUGGGUCACAACCUGGGCUUGUCCCAUGACUCUGAAAACUGUGUCUGCGGCACCUUAACAUCCAAAAGAGGCUGCAUCAUGGCUGAAAGUGUUGGCCUUGUGUAUCCAGAGCUGUUCAGUAGCUGCAGUCAGCAGCAGCUCAGCAGGUUCUUGGAGGAGGUCAACCCUGCCUGUCUGCUGGAUACACCCUCGACUAAUCGCAUCUAUGGAGGGCCAGUGUGUGGAAAUGCCUUCCUGGAGCCUGGAGAGGAGUGUGACUGUGGCACUGUAGAGGAGUGCAAGAAUCCCUGCUGCAAUGCCACUACGUGCAAACUUAACGCUGGAGCCCAGUGUGCAGAGGGGCAGUGCUGCCACAACUGCCAACUGAAAGCGACAGGCAGCGUCUGCCGACCGAAGACAGGAGAGUGUGACCUGGCAGAAUACUGCACUGGCUUCUCUGCCACCUGUCCGACUGACGCCUACACCCAGAAUGGCCUGUCCUGCAACCGUGGAAAAGGAUACUGCUACAACGGACAAUGUCCGUCACGGCAGGAUCACUGCAAGAGACUUUGGGGACCAGAUGCUGAGCUGGCUCCAGAAGCUUGUUUUGCCAGGCAAGGAAACUGCAGAAAGGCUUUGUUUAGCCCAAAAUGUUCAAACCGAGAACAAUCCUGUGGGACGCUUUUCUGCACCGGUGGCUGGGAGUUUCCAGUGACAUCCAGGAAGUCGUUCUACAAAGUAGGAACUGGAGACAUAUGCAAUGAGGCAACGAUGAACCCUGAAGACAACUACCCUCCAGAUCUGGGCAUGGUGCCUACUGGUACCAAGUGUGGCCACAACAUGGUGUGCUACAAUCAACGGUGUCAAGACGUCAAAAACAUCAAAGUGUAUGGAACAAAUGACUGCUCAGCCAAAUGCAACAACCACGGGGUUUGUAACCAUGAGAAUAAGUGUCACUGCGACCCCGGUUGGGCCCCACCUUACUGCGAUGUGGAGCACUCAGAACUCCCCGAAGAGACAGGUCCGAAUAUAAUGAUAAUUGUGCCCGUGGGUGUUGGCUUACUCCUGCUGUCCGUCUUGGUUAUCGGGAGUUUGAUGUGUUUCACCAAAAAACGGCGACCCAAAAAGAGACGCUUCCAAUCUACCUCAGGACAAACCAACCCGUUGUUUCGGACAAGCGGUGCUCGAGGCAGCCCUCGUAUUGGAUCCACACACAUCAGCCAGCCUACAUUUGUGGAGUCUUCAGCCACUCAGGCCUGUAAACCUCUGUCCUCUCCUACUGUCAGACCAUACACUGGAGCAGUGAGGCCCAGUAGAGCCGCUCCAGAGCCACCUAAGAAAGUGUCAGCUCUACCGCAGCCUUCAGUGAUUCAGCAGGUUAUGAGGCCGUUCAUGCAGCCUGUUUCAAGCAAGCCAGUCUACACUGAGACUAAGCCUCUACCUCCAUCCAGACCUCUGCCACCACUUACAACAAAACCUAUCACAAAGCCAAAGCCUCCGAUGCCUCCAGCGAAGCCGAAGCCCUCCGCAGUCCGGUCUCCACUGCCACACACUCAGCUGCUUGCAGGGAGAUCUGCCCUGAUGCCCCCCACCAGGCCCAGAUGACAGAGGGAACAAUUCAGCUUCAUGUAAACACUGAGAUCCUCUAACAGAGGACACUGUCCCACCUAAGAAGGACCAAGAAAUCCUCUCAGGAGACGCUCAUCUGCUUUAAAGUGGAGACAAGAUCCACUGAUGGAUCAGCAACAAUAAGUGACAGAGCUUUUCUGUCAGUUAUGGUCUCCCUGAGGAUUACCGCCGUCUCUGUCUUGCUUAUGUAAGCCUUCAGUAUGUUGAUGACAACCUGAAGCCGUGAUUGACAGACUCAACUUCUGUGCUUUCUAAAUGACAAAUGGCUACGCUGCCACGAUCAUGUUUUUUUUUUCUUUUUAAGGGAAAUGUCUCUCUGCCUUGAUCCUUGGAUAUGUGAAGACUUUAAGAGGCAAUUGCACUAUCAAUGCUGUAACUGUUUUACUAAAUGUUACGAUUCCCUCACAUGGGUUUUGGUACUGCUUUUCUAAGAAAUAAUGUUGUUAAGGGAUUUUAAAAUGUGGCACCAACGUGGGCACUUUAUAGAUUGUUUUAAUUAAGGAUGACAGCAGUUGUGACUUUUUUUGUACUAACCUAGGUAUGCUUGACUUUGUGAGACUGAAUUAUUACAUGAUGGUGUUUUGUUUUAAGUGUUGACUUGAUACAUGUUGAUUGUAAUUGUUCAAGAGAUUUUAUAUUGCAUAUUCUAUGCAGCAGACUUUCACUCAUAAUGCCAAUGAUUGUGGUCUUUCCUUAGCGACUGUUCUUUACUUAUCAAAGGAGGUUUUUUUACCCUCCCUGAGGCUACAAAUAUUUGUCCUUGAGCCUCCCUGAGUGACUGGCGGAAAAUGUAUGACCCUCCCUCCACCAAAAAUUAGUUAUAAGAUUUUUUAAAAUUUGCUCUUAGAUGUUUGAAAGUUAAAAGUUAGACUUUGAAACCUGGAGUUGAAAAAACGCCUCAGUUUUUUACUCUUGUCGUACACAUUUUUUAAUUAAAUUUUACAUGAGACAUAUAGAAUAAAGCAAUUUUGAUGAAAUAUGA